AUGGAACCAACAUACUUCAAGAAGCCCAGAACCGGGUCCUCACCUCCGCGGAGGUUCGAAAUCCCCCCUGCCGCCACUUGCCCCCCGGCGUCUUCAGCUCUUUGUGAAGGGCCUUCAUCACCGCUGUUCUUCUCCCACACUCCUUCCAGACAGCCGGGCAGGCCUACCGGCUCGUCGCCUGGUGUCACCACCAGUAUGCUGUCAGGGGCUGGAGAAGAGCCGUCGAGCGGAGUCACAACCGUAAAGCUGCCGCAUGCCGCCGUCAAGCCCGUGAAUUCUGCUAUUUCGGGCAGUACCCCGGGCAGCUUGGUUUCCUCGAUAGACAUGUCGGCUCCGGCGCUGAGUCCCGAUGUACGAAUUGCUUCGCCAAGCUUGCAAAGCAUUGGAGUUCUCGAGCUCGUGGAGCAGGACGACAGACCAACGUUCCUCAUAGACAUGCUCAAUCCAACCCAAUCAACAUCCAACCAAACAUUUCUCCAUAUUUUGUAUUGUAAUGCCUCGUUGCGUGCAUCUGAAGACUUGGCCAAGUCGCUGGGGAUGGUGACGGACGAUCACUCCAUCGAACCGGGCACCUACGGUCGGUUCGUCUCCUGGGCUACAGCGACACCCUCCAGCGACCGGCUGAACCGGGAAUCAACGUCAGCUUCCCAUUUUUACGGUGGCACCACUUGGACAUUUGCUACGGUUCGACGACGAUUCCGUUUCGUCAGCGGCAGCGCCGAUCCCGAGAGGCGUGCAUCUACAACUCCUGGCUCCCCCGCGCCCCUAGCUUACGACCCCAUCUCUGUAGCUACCGAUUCCAGCUCCGCCGUUUCCCAGCCGAUGCCCGUCACCCCUCCAACUGACGCCAUCGGACCCCCCUUGGAUCCUCCGGAUUAUUUCGGCGACGCGGCUUCCGUUGCGCAAGAUGAUGAUCGGAUGGACUCGAUCCCCGCCAAGCCGGACGAUGCUGCUCCCCCAUUGCAGCACCCCGACGAAUUCACGAACCAGGUUCUGCAGCUGCAGCGGGUCAAGCAAUCUUUUGAUUGGACACGACUGCCUCUCCAGGACGAUCUCCCGGACCACAUCAUAUUCGCCAAAUCACGAGACUGGGCUUCCACGGCAUUGGGCCCAAUAGACACUUGGUCUGCCGAUCUAAGAACCAUGUCCAGUCUCGUCAUGGCUACCCCCCAUCCAGCCGCCAUGUACUGGGGCACCGAGAAGGUGGCUCUAUACAACGAGGCGUACAUCUCAUUAGCUGGCAAGAAACACCCACAACUCAUGGGGCAGAGCUAUGAAGACGCGUGGCCGGAAAUAUGGGACGACAUCAAAGCAAUCUUUGACAGCGCCUGGAAUUCGGGGGAAUCUACCAUGAAGCACGACAACAGACUCUUUCUCAAGAGGGAUGGAUUUCUCGAAGAAACCUUCUUUUCCUGGUCGAUUAUUCCGUUGAUUGGCAGCGAUGGAGAUGUCGUCGGGCUGUACAAUCCUUGCUUCGACAACACGCGUCGCAAGAUCAACGAAAGACGUAUGCAUACUCUACGCGAAAUAGGUGAGAAGGUCUCUACAGCCGCCACGGUAACCAGUUUCUGGCCCCAGCUGCAAAUCGGUUUGGAAUACAACGAGUUCGACAUCCCGUUCGGCAUCAUAUACUCGGUCAAAGACGACAGCGAGAGCGAAGUAUCAUCUUUGCAUUCUGGCAACCCGGCGACCACGUUGCAAUUUAUUCUCGAGGGAAGCCCCGGUGUUCCGCAAGGCCAUGUGGCAGCUCCUCUAGUCUUGGAUCUGAAGACCUCCGACGAAGGCUUUGCCCCGUAUAUGCGUCAGAGCAUGUCGGAGGGCGGGGCCCCCGUUGUGCUGUCUCAGGAAGCGGGAACUCUUCCAUGUCAUCUCCUGGAGGGCAUGCAAUGGCGGGGGUUUGGUGAUCCGUGCUCCACUGUUGUCGUGUUCCCCGUUGUCCCUACCACGACAAAAGAAGCUGUGGCUGGGUUUGUCGUGUUGGGGACAAAUCCUCGCCGGCCGUACGAUGAUGAUUAUCGGCUCUUUGUUCAACUGCUCUCUCGCCAGCUCGCAACGUCUUUGGCUUCUGUCGUUCUGUUUGAGGAGGAGAUCCGACGAGGCCAGCGCGCGGCCCGCCUGGCCGCUCUAGACAGACAGGAGCUCUCGAUGCAGCUAAUCCAAAGAACUCGGGAAGCCAAUGAAAGCGAGUACAGGUUUACCAGAAUGGCCGAGUUUGCUCCCGUCGGCAUGUUUAUAGCAGACGGGCAAGGAACGAUCAACUACUGCAACGAUAUGUGGUGGCAAAUCUCCCGACACACCCGCUCCCAAGAUGCCGCCAGCAGCUGGAUGGACAGCGUCCGGGUUGAAGACAGGCCUGCUCUGGAGGCCGCCUGGGCUCGGCUGAUGGACGAAAAAGUCACCAUCUCUCUCGAGUUUCGGUUCAAGUGCUCGCAGCAAAGCGGUGGCAACACGAUCGAUACCUGGGUCCUGAUGAGUGCGUUCCCCGAGAAGAUGUCGGACGGGGGGUCGUUGAAGUCUAUAUUUGGCUGCAUUACCGACAUCUCGUCACAGAAAUGGGCCGAGAAGGUGCAAAGCGAACGUCGCGAAGAAGCUGUGGAGCUGAAGAGGCAGCAGGAAAACUUUAUCGACAUCACAAGUCACGAAAUGCGGAAUCCUCUGUCCGCCAUUCUGCAGUGCGCGGACCAAAUCGUGAACAACAUCUCAACGUUUACAGCCCACGGAGACAAUAAGCAGGUGGAGAGCUUGCUGGAGGGAUGCCUUGACGCAGCCAAUACUAUCAAUCUGUGCGCCAGUCACCAGAAGCGAAUCGUCAACGACAUCCUUACGCUGUCGAAGCUUGAUUCCAACCUGCUUUCCGUGACGCCGGGCGAUGUGCAGCCUGUCAAGAUCGUCCAGAUGGCGUUGAAGAUGUUUGAGCCCGAGUUGAUUGCUCAUGACAUUGAGUUUGAGUGCACUGUUGACGAAAGCUUUGAGCGCCACGGCGUUUCGUGGACCAAGUUGGACCCGUCGAGGUUGAGUCAGGUGCUGAUCAACCUGAUGACCAACGCCAUCAAGUUCACUCAAGGGCGAGAGCGCCGAAGCAUCGUUGUGAACCUGAGCGCGUCGAGGGAUAUUUCCGAGGUGACGCGAACCGGCGUCGCCUACUUUGAGAGGAAUGACAUGCAGAGGACGAUGAGCAUGAACAUCAACGACGAAAGCGAAUGGGGCAACGGGGACGUCAUCAACAUCCACUGCUCCGUGGAAGACACCGGUCCCGGGCUGGCAGAAGAGGAAAUGAAGCUGCUGUUCCAGCGCUUCCAACAAGCCACCCCGCGCACGCACGUGCAAUACGGCGGCUCCGGGCUCGGCCUGUUCAUAUCUCGGAUCCUCACCGAGAUGCAGGGCGGCCAGAUUGGAGUUUCGUCGACGAGGGGAGUGGGCAGCAGGUUCAACUUUUACAUUCAGUGCCGCAAGUGCGUCGGCGCUCCGGCCGCGCACGAACACAUGUCGCCGUUCAAGCUUGGGCGCAAGACGGCCGGCGCCGCCGCCGCCCCUGCGGCCGAGCAUCAUGCCCAGAAGCCGGCCGAUGGAUCAGUGGGCCGCAGCAGCUCCUCGACAGGCAGCCGGCCUCUUUUCGACGUGCUCAUCGUCGAAGACAACAUUGUGAACCAGCGGGUGCUGCAGAGGCAGUUGCGCCAUUGCGGAAACAACACCUUUGUCGCCAACCACGGCUUCGAGGCGCUGCAGACGCUGCAGAAGUCCAGGUUCUGGGCCGGACAGGAGCACACCGGCGUCGACAUUUCCGUCAUCCUGAUGGACCUGGAAAUGCCCGUCAUGGACGGCAUGACGUGCGCGAGGAGAAUCCGCGAGCUGGAGAAGGAGGGCACCAUUGUGACGCACAUUCCCAUCAUUGCCGUCACCGCGUACGCGCGGCCUGAGCAGAUUGAAAGCGCCAAAGCCGCCGGCAUCGACGACGUCAUAUCCAAGCCUUUCCGCAUUCCGGAGCUCUUACCCAAGAUUGAGGAGCUCGUUGCCAAGUACAAGAAUCUCUCCGUCGGCGCUUAG